AGAUAACGUUGGAAAUUAAAUCAUUUCCCAGUCACAUUCGGCAGUAGUCAAAAUUUAGGACUUUCCAGAAAUGAAGAAGCAAAUUGUAAAGGAGUUCAUAACAGUGAAGCGGGUGCGCCACCUGCCUCCGGAACCGCCUCCACCUCCACCGCCGCCAAAGAAGCAUGUUCUCGCCGUGGGCAGUUGCACGCUGGACAUGGUCACCAUCGUGGACCUACCACUCGUUCCCGGCCAAGUGCAGCGCACAAAGGAGGGAAGCUGGAGGCGCGGCGGUCCGGCGGCCAACAUCUGCACCGUGUGGCGUCGCUUGGGUCUGGAGUGCGAGUUCCUCGGCGUUCUGAGCAAGGUGCGUGCGUUCGAGAGCCUCCUGAACGGCUUCCAAUCGCAGGGCAUCGACAUAUCCCACUGCCCGCUGACGAACCACCAUCCGGCACAUCGGAGCAUCAUCGUGCAGCGGAACUCGGACACGCGCACCAUCCUCGAGUUCUCCAGCGCCAAGCAGGAGCUCACCUACCAGCAGUUCGUGGGCGCCGUCGACUACCAGAAGUACUCGUGGAUCCACUUCGAGUGCCGCAAUCCCGUCGAGAUCCAGCGCAUGGUCCUGGCUGUGAUUGACUUCAACGAGCGAUGUCCCGAGUCGCGGAUCGUGCUCUCCGUGGACCUGGACAACAUGCGCCCCGCCACCAUGUUGAUGGCCAGCAUGGCGGACUACGUGUUCGCUCGGAAGACCAUGAUGCGCACGUACGCCUUUAUGAACGGUCGCGAGGUGGUCUGGGCAAUUAGGAAUGAGAUGACAGCGGCACGUGCCCAGUGGGAGAAGACACAGCCGCGCAAGAUGCCCUACAUACCACCCGAUCCACUGGCCGAGGACUCCGAGGAGAAGUGCCCGGGUGGGCCGCCGAAUCAGCCCGUCGUCAUGUACAGCAACUAUUUGGAGGGCGCCAGCUGCCUGAUGGCCGAUGACACCUACUUCAAGGUGGGCCCUCAGAUCCCGCAGCGAAUCGUCGACUUGAACUCCGUGAACGACACCUUCUCGGCGUCUGUAAUCUACGCGCUGCACAAGGUGAAGAUGCGAUUGAGGGACGCCCUCGAGUACGGAACUCGGGCUUCGGCGCUCAAGCUGACAGAAAACGGGUUCGAUGUGCUACGAUGCAUGCCCAAGGAUCUAAUUGGUUGCUAUUACGCUUAGUGUGCAGAAUUUUGGAUCGGAAUGAAAUAAAUUGAUGUCUUGUAUACAAUA